GGCUGCUUGUAGGUCUGAGUGGGAAUUGGGCGCGAUAGGAGCUCGCUGAUGGUGUGGGCCGCCGCGUGGACGCCGGAUGGUGGAGUUUGAGGCGCCCUGCUGACGACCAUGGAAGUGUGCGAGAGCCUAUGCUUCCUCUGCCCCGACCUGCGGACCAGGUCUCGCCACCCGGUCAAGCGCUACAAGAAAUUGCUCGCCGAAAUCUUCCCCAAGUCGCAGGAUGAACCACCAAACGAUCGAAAGAUAGGCAAAUUGUGCGAAUAUAUUUCCAAGAAUUCACUGCGUGUACCAAAGAUUACCGUUUAUUUGGAGCAAAAGUUUUUCAAGGAAUUGAGAUCUGAGCGUUUUGGCUCAGUGAAAGUUGUCAUGGCAAUUUACCGAAAGGUGAUAUGUUCUUGUCCGGAGCAACUGCCCCUUUUUGCCAAUAGUUUACUGACCAUCGUAGAGACCACAAUGGAGCAAAAUAGACAUGAUGACUUACGGAUAAUAGCGUGUCAAAUGCUUUUUGACUUUGUAAACUACCAGGUUGACAGCACUUACAUGUUCAAUCUAGAGAACCAAAUUCCUAUACUAUGUCAGCUGGCCCAAGAGAUGGGUGAGAAGGAGAAGACAUCCAGUCUUCAUGCUGCCGCGCUCCAAGCCCUUUCAUCUUUGGUCUGGUUUAUGGGUGAGCACUCCCAUAUCUCUUCAGAACUUGACAAUGUUGUCUCUGCAGUUCUGGAAAACUAUGACAGCCCAUAUGCAAAUUCCGAGAAUAAUGAUGACACCAUUGAGGACAGAAGGAGUCGCUGGGUGAAUGAAGUUCUCAAGGCUGAAGGUCAUGGCCCUCCUGCUGUUACCAUUUUGGCGAGGGUUUCUUCAUGGAAAGAUAUUAGAGCUACCAACGGUGCAUUGAAUUUGACAACAGAAGAAUCAAGAAGUCCAAAUUUCUGGUCUGGGAUUUGCCUGCACAACCUUGCUAGAAUAUCUAGGGAAGCAACAACCAUCCGGCGAGUUCUGGAGACAGUAUUUCGUUAUUUUGAUACUAACAAUAUGUGGUCACCUUCUAAGGGACUUGCACUGUGUGUCCUCCUGGAUAUGCAGAUUGUGAUGGAGAAAGCUGGACAGAAUGCGCAUAUAUUGUUGUCGAUGUUAGUUAAGCAUCUCGAACACAAGAAUGUAUCGAACCAACCAGAUAUGAUUCUAGACAUCAUUGAAGUUACAGCACACCUUGCUGAGAAUUCCAAAGCUCAAUCUUCUACUGCAAUAAUGGCUGCAAUUAGUGAUAUGGUCAAGCAUUUGGGUAAAAGUAUGCAAGAUGAAAGUCUUGGAGGCGAAAACAAAUGGAAUGACAGCUAUCAGAAAGGUGUAGAUGAAUGCAUUAUUCAAAUGUCUAGAAAGGUCGGUGAUGCUGGACCUAUCCUUGAUACAUUAGCUGUAGUACUGGAGAAUGUUUCAAGUACCACACCUGUUGCACGGUCAACCAUUUGUGCAGCAUAUCGUACAGCUCAAAUAAUUGCUUCAUUGCCAAACUUGACAUAUAAGAGCAAAGCAUUUCCUGAGGCAUUGUUUCAUCAACUGAUUAUGGCAAUGGUCUAUCCCGAUUGCGAGACCCAUUUAGGGGCACACCGGAUUUUCUCUGUUGUUCUUGUUCCCUCCUCUGUCGCUCCAUGCUCUUUCUCAGGAACUUCACAGACAAGCAAGGUUAAUCUGCAGAAGACAUUAUCCAGGACAUCGUCAGUUUUUUCAUCUUCAGCAGCUUUGUUUGGGAAAUUAAAAAGAAACGUGUCUUCAUUUCGUGGAAGUCCACGGCGGGAAAGCUCAAAUCUAAUGCCCAUCAUCACUGAGGACACAGAACAGGGCAGUGAAAAUGAGCCACAAUUGUUUAAGUCACAGACUAUCCAAAGGAUGACUAGUGUAAAAGAUCCUUCUUUACCGUCUGCAACAGAAAUAAGUAAAUCAAGUGGACCUGCUCCAGAAACAGAACCAGUCAUCCUCAUACUGAGUGCACGUCAGGCAAAUCUUCUGCUUUCAUCGCUGUGGACCCAGGCAUUGUCACCUGAAAAUGUUCCACGAAACUAUGAAGCAAUUUCACAUACUUACAGCUUGAUGCUACUAUUUUCUGGAGACAAGAACUCACAGCUAGAAAUUCUGGUCGGCAGCUUUCAGCUUUCCUUUUCUUUAAGAAAUAUGUCAUUACAAGCAGGUUUUCUGCCACCAUCACGCAGGCGUUCUCUUUUUACUCUGGCGACGUCUAUGAUUGUGUUCUUUUCGAAAGCUUUUAGUGUUCCAACACUCAUUCCAGUUGUGAAAGAUUUGUUGAUUGAAAGUACCGUUGAUCCAUUUCUUCGUUUAGUUGAUGACCUCAGAUUGCAAGCUCUUGACAGUGGUAUCGAAUCUGUCUUUAGAGACUACGGUUCGAAAGAAGAUAACGAUUUUGCUACGAAAUCUCUCUCUAACAUCAAACUGAAUGAUCAGUCAAAACAAAUAGCAGUUUCUCUUAUUCUUGAUAGCUUGAAGCUAUCUGACCCAGAGUUAUCUACUGUAAGAAACCAGUUGUUUGAGGAUUUCUCAGCAGAGGAUGUGUGUCCUAUCGGUUCACAUUUUAUUGCAUCACCUUCAAAAUCUCCUGCAUAUAACGCGAAGUUGCACCAAAAAUCCUUGGAGGUUAUUCCUAUGGGGUUUAUUUUCGAGGAUGAUACGAUUGUUGAACCAACUGAUACCUUAGCAGAACCGACGGAUAAUGGUCUUCUUGAUGUCGAUCAGCUUCUCCAAUCAGUUUCGGAGACAUCUCAGAAUGUUGGAAGAUUGUCCGUGUCAACAAACCAGGGUUUGCCUUUUAAGCAGGUGGCCGACCAAUGUGAAGCUCUCUUAAUCGGAAAGGAGAAAAAGCUAUCUGUCUGCAUGAGUGCCCAGCAACAAGAGGUUGGCACAGGGUUGCUCGAGUCAUCUGAGCCAGAUUCUCCAAUAGCUGGGAUAAUCCUGCAGUCAGACGAUGACCAGUGCUACUCCAAUUUCUGCAAGCUACCAGUCCUGAAUCCCUAUGACAAGUUCCUCGCAUCCGCUGGUUGCUAAGACCGCCUACCGCAGGAAAUGAACACAGAAACAUGCAAAUCUAGGGUCCCACAACACCACGGGAAGCUACCAGUUUCCAGCAAAUGGUGGCUCUAUGGCUCUAAAUCCAUGCAUCAAGCAUGACGCAUUUGUUACUUGCAACAGAUCGAGGGGAGUCACCGGUAUGCAAGAUGAGAUGAGUUCGUCCCGUCAUAAGAAUUGAAUAGUGCCUUGACAGCACUAGUCGGUUGCCUACUCCUUGCUCCCGGUCGAGGUCAUAUGGGGGAUGUAAUUAAUUCUGCCCAAGAAGAAUCAGCUAGUCGUUUUGUGCAAUCUGUUAGGGUUUUAUCUUAUCAUUCAGUUGUUAACCAGCUAUCUCGCAACUGUAAUUAUGCAAGCUGGGCUCAUCGUGCUGUGUCACAUGUUGGUAUUCAUGUGUAUAUGGUCCGGGAAAUUCAUCUGCUCAGUGAUUUUGUUCGAGAUGAACCCAUUGAUAUCUCUGUUUGGCUCAUCAGUUUGUAAAUUAGGUGAGUACAGAGAACAUUUCCACUGCUUGUAGUAGUGCACCUGGUGAACUGGACCUCAGUGCACUAAUAGAAAUAGAAAAGAAGAUCCAAAA